UUCAUAGGGGGAAGCCUGUCAAGUUUGUGUGAAGUUGUGAAAAGUUGUCAACCAGAAAAAAGAGCAGAGAAACUCCUCCCGUCUUCAAAUUAUGAGCAAUCAGCAGCAGGGUGAAAUGGCCGCUGUGGAGAGCGGCGGAGGCUACAGUCAAAAGCGAAACACGAAUUCACAAGACUCACAGCAGCCAUCUCCGCUUGCCUUGUUGGCAGCCACAUGUAGUCGAAUUGACACUCCAGGAGAGAACGAUUCACCUGCAGACCAACAAAACCAGCAGCAAGAGCUGGACCUAAACCAGGGUGUUUUCACCUCCAGUGCCAACGGCUGGCAGGUUAUCCCUCUUAGUGUUCACACAACCUCAGGCACUAACACUAUCACCACCGACUCCUUAGGGGUGAUGGCAGCAGACAUAGGCAAGAGCAGACAGGUGUCAUCUUCAGCAGCAGUUAUUAGCACUCAGGGACAGCAGCAGCAGCAGCUACAGCAAUAUGUAGUAGCUCAGGCUCCAUCGAUGCAGGGCCAGCAGAUGCUUACCACCAUAUCAGGUAUGAUGCCCAACAUUCAGUACCAGGUUAUUCCCCAGUUUCAGACGGUAGAUGGCCAGUCACUGCAGUUGGCACAUACUCAGCAGGAUUCUGUAGGAUCAGGCCAGCAGUUUCAGAUAGUGUCAUCUGCGAAUGGCCAGCAGAUCAUAGCUGCAACCAACAGAGCUGGUGCUGCAGGAAACAUCAUAACGAUGCCCAGUCUCCUUCAGGGAGCAAUCCCCAUACAAAAUAUAAGCUUAGGAGGCAAUGGCAUGUUGCAAAACCAGCACCAGUUCCUGGCAAAUAUGCCUGUGUCACUAAAUGGAAACAUCACUUUUUUGCCGGUCAGCACUGGAACAAGCGGAGGGGGGGAGGGAAAUGGUGGAGGGGAUACGGGGGGACACCAACUUAUCCAGCAACAUCCAGUGUCCAGUGGGGCAGGUUACAUGACAACUGCGUCCACUGUCACUACACAGGCCGCCUCUUCAUAUGGAAUGACUCAAACUCAUAACAGCAAUGGAGUGGUGACCGGGACAUUCCAGCAGAACACAGCAUCUUCUCUGGGUGUCCCGAUACAGCCUGACAACAGAGAAGGGCAGCAGCCACAACAAAUCCUUAUCCAGCCUCAGCAGAUUAUCCAAGGGGCAACAUCCCUCCAGACCAUCCAGGCUGGUACUGGGGGUCAGGUAUUUGCAACUCCAACCCUCAGUCAGGAAGGGCUUCAAAAUCUUCAAAUUAUGCCGAAUACAGGCCCCAUCCUCCUGCGCACUGUAGGCCCCAAUGGCCAGGUGAGCUGGCAGACCAUUCAGAUCCAGAGUCCGGUAGGACCACAGUUCACGCUGGCCCAAAUGCAAUCUCUUCCCCAACUUGGCCAGAGUGUGUCUGCAGCUGGAGGAGCAUCUGUCAACACAGUGCAGAUCCCAGGCAUCCAGACCAUAAAUCUCAACGCACUCGGAGGCUCUGGGCUGCAGAUGCACCAGCUGCAGACUGUUCCCAUCACCAUCGCUAGCUCGACAGGAGAUCAGGUGUUGCAUACAGGCGGAGACAGUUUGGAUGAUGGCGCAGUGAUGGAUGAUGGUGAUAUAAGUCCACCACCUCAAGGACGACGUAACCGCAGGGAAGCCUGUACCUGCCCCUUCUGCAAGGAUGGAGAGGGACGGGAUCCGACUAAAAAGAAGCAGCACAUUUGUCACAUCUCUGGCUGUGGGAAGAUCUACGGCAAGACCUCCCACCUGAGGGCUCACUUGCGUUGGCACACAGGAGAACGACCCUUCGUCUGCGGCUGGUCCUUUUGUGGCAAACGAUUUACCCGUUCAGAUGAGCUUCAGCGUCAUAAGAGGACGCACACGGGUGAAAAAAGAUUUGUUUGCCCAGAGUGCCCUAAACGCUUCAUGCGCAGCGAUCACCUCUCCAAGCACAUCAAAACCCACUUGAACAAGAAAGCAGUCGCCACCAGCAGCAUCGCAGUCUCCAGCAACCCUGGCUCCCCAACAGCAGGAACAAAAGUCGGCUCAGCCAGUGACCAGCACACCAUUGUCACCAUGGAAACCUUAUCUCCGGAGAGCAUAGCUCGGUUAGCCAACAGUGGGAUCAACAUGAUGCAAGUGGAACUUCACCAAAUUAACGGUAACAGCUACUAAGGGCGGUGGAGGAUCAGGGAGACGGGCUUUGGUGGAAGUUGCUUUCGGACAUUUGGGGUUAAAAAGGGCACGUCUGACCGCAGACGCAGAACCUCGCAACGGCUUCAGACAAGAGGGACGCUCGCAGAUGCAACACAACGGACACUAUUGAAUUUAAGAACUGAGGCAGGAAUAUGGAACUCCAACUUGUGUUUAGAUAUUUGUGGUGGUGAAGGGUCAAGAGUUGGAAAAAAAAUGUUGGACGGGGGACAUCAUCAUGAAAUCUAAUUUCCUCUGAAUGGAAAUGUCACUACACCAACAUCUGUCCCAUAGAGACUCAAUCUUCCCCGAUGGUGCAUUUGAAAUGACACGCCCACAGAACAGCACCCUUUAUGCUGAAUUGGUAACUGGUAAUAUCCUGUCUCCAAGCUUCUUUAGUAAAGAGAUGACACUAAGUCAGACUCUCACCCUUGUUCCCAAGGCUGUUCACUCCUUGUCCUUCUUCACCUCCAGGUAUUUCCGGCCUUCCUAGACUGGGCUGCUGUAUCAGCCUCGCCCCUCAGGCUAAGUGGCCUAUAAUGCUAAAUUCACCCCUAAAAUAAAAAGUGUAACAAUCUUGUGCAGAAAAUAUUUUGUAUCCUUUCUCACAUUUCUGUCUAACAAUCCCACUAUAAUAGGAAUAAUAUGAAACGUGUUUUAGGGUGAACCGUUUCAAGGAGGGCCGGAAUACAAAAGGUCACGACCGGGUUAGAGCCAAAAGCACGAAUCAGCGUGAGGAUGUAGGUGUGUCAGGGCACUGAAAUCCUGAGAAUAACUCUUCAACCUCUAAAGUAGGUACACACACUCAAGCCAUCAUGCGUUGAUACGUUUAUCAUAGCAGAACAUUUUGAUUUUUUUAUUUGUAUAUAUUUAAUUUUUUUUGGUAAAGGCUACAUAAAUUCUUAGCUUAGGCAGGAUCAUUUUACAUGAUUGCAAGAGAUUGCCUUUCAGUUGUAUGAACCGCUCAUGCACAAACAAUCUUAAUCUCAUGUUAUUACUUUUAUAUAUAAAUAUAUGUAGAGGUUUGAAUUUAAGAGCCUUUGUGAUAGAAUAAUGUAUUCUAUACAGUCCAGAUCUUCCCAGUAACCCCCCUGUAUACUUAUCUUUGCCUUUUCAGUUACGUCAGUUUUCGUUUUAUUUUGGUGGAACCCUUUUUUUCUUUUCUUUAAAUCGGGUUAGACAAGUGUCUUGUAAUGUCCAGACAGCAUAAAUAUGCAAGCUCAAAACCAAAUGUUCAUAUUCCAUUUUAUAAGAAAAACUUUGAAGUCUUUCUUUGGUCCAUGAACUUCCUAUUCGUUUUUAUUUGUGAAAUGCAUAUGUUAAAAGUUCUAACUGGAAAUGAUCCAGCUUGAGGCAAGCACCGGACACGCAACCCUUUGUUGUCCAAAUAAGUUUCAAAAUGUAUUUGUCAAUAUUUUCUCUUUCUGAAAGACGCUUCUCAAUGUUGAAAUAUUUCUUUGCUUCUGAAUUCUGCUUUAUUGGACAGAAUUGUAACUUGUGCAACACAUGUAUGUUUAAAAGCUCUCCUUUGAAAUUGUAUCGACUAAGUUCAUCCGACAAGUGCUCUUAUAUUUUCUGACCCGUUUUAAAUAAGGGAUUUUGGUGUGUGUAUAUACAACUACUGGAAAUGCCAACAGCUGGAUUAAAAUUCUGAAUAUA